UCCGUUGACGUCACGGGUCUUGACGAGGUCACGUGACGUCCCAGCCCACGUGACCAACGGGGAGGCGUCUUUUCUCUUUGCCGAGUUUACUUGGAAAGAAGCGCCAGGUGAACAAAUACUCAGUUUAUGCAACCGGCGUUCUAUGUAUCGCUUCAAGAGUUCCAAGUACAAGAAUGCCACACCUAAAGUCCCCAAGAAAGGAGAGGGUUGGGUCUUGGAUGUCUCUGUUGGGGCACCACAGUCAUUUGGAAAUCACAUAAAGGCCAGUGCACUCUACAAGGCUUUCAGCGUUGACAACCGUGGUGGAGGUAGCUUAGGUAUUCUGCCGCUGGAUGAAGCUGGAAAAAAGAGCAAGAAUUUGCCUCUGCUUCAUGCGCAUUCUGAUUUCGUGACAGACUUCGAUUUUUGCCCUUAUGACGACGGUCUGCUGGCCACCUGCUCUCACGAUGCCACUAUUAAAAUUUGGAGAAUGCCUGAGGGCGCCCUGCUGGGGAACAACACCCCCCAGAACCCCGAGGUGGUGCUGAACCCCGGCAAGUCUCGCAUCGAGAACCUGGCGUUCAACCCGGCCGUGGACUGCGUCCUCGCCUCGGCCACCGACGACACCCUGCAGAUAUGGGACCUAGUCAGCCAGCAAGAGCUCAGCUCGAACCUGAAGCACGAGGAGCUGAUCCAGAGCCUGAGCUGGCGGGGCGACGGCAACCAGCUCGUGAGUUCGGGCAGGGACAAGAAGCUGCGCGUGUGGGACCCCAGGCUCUCGACCAACGUCCUGGAAGCACCCAGUCAUUCCAACAACAGAGAUUCCAGGGUUGUGUGGCUUGGGAACACAGAGUACAUCCUGUCUACCGGUCUGGGCAGCGCUAGGGAACGCGAAGUGACCUUACGUGAUGUUCGCAAGUUCAACGUUUCGUUAUCCAGUUCCUCUGGUGAUAGUGCGAUGGGUGUCUACAUUCCACUGUAUGAUCCUGAUACCAACAUGCUCUUCCUGGCUGCCAAGGGUGAUAUCACUGUGCACUUCUGGGAAGUCACCUUCAAGGAGCCAUUUUUAAGCGAAGCUUCCAAGUACAUGGGAGAGGUACAGACGAAGGGGGCGGGGCUGGUGCCCAAGAGGGCCCUGAAGGUGAUGGACGGGGAGGUGAACAGGGUCCUGAUCCUGGGGCAGGACUGCAUUGUGCCCGUCCCCUACCAGGUCCCCAGAAAGACUUACAGGGACUUCCAUGCCGACAUCUUUCCCGACACCGCGAUUGCCAGCCCGGCGAUUGCAGUCUCCGACUGGAUGGCCAAGAAGCCUGCAAAGGCCAUCUCCAAGGUGAGCCUGGAUCCCGAGAAGCGGCCCAAGGAGGGACUGACUUGCACGGGACACAAGCUGGGCACGGGGCCCGUGCCGGGUGCGUUGGCGGACGACUCCGCCGGACGGCAGAUCCGCAUCGUUCCGACGGACCUUUCCGUAAAAGAAGCCAGGGAAGAUGCGAGGCCCAAGCCCUUUCCAUCAGAAAAGCCCUUGCCGGCGCCGAAGCCCGCACCCCGUACCAAGGUCUCGUGCCCCCGCUGGGACGACCCCCCGAGCUCCGGCGGCAGCAGCACCAACGGGACGGCAUCUCAGAAUGGCGACGCGUCGUCGGCAAUGCCGCCUCCUUCCAAGGUGGCCCCAAGGCCCCGGCCGUCGGUGACGUCGGGAACCGGCGGCAUGGGCAGCCCCGCCGCUGCCCCAAGGGUGGCCGCAAACGUGCGCCGACAGUCAUCGCGCAACGAGGGACGAGGGUUCAAAGUGCGGGUGUCCAAGUUCCGACACCUGAACGGAGCCGUGGGUUCGCGGGACACCCAGAUCACCAACCUGCCGCCACUGUGCAAGACCAUCCCUGGCGAGAGCGAGGGUUUUCGUGCCAACACCGAGCGCCUCGCACUGCCCCUUGCCAUCUCUGGCGGCCAUGUUGCUAUUCUCGAGUUGUCAAGACGAGGCCGUCUGCAAUCGGGUGUUGUUCCCAGCCUCAUCUGCGGCACGAGUGUCAUGGACUUCGCUUGGGAUCCCUUCGACAACCGAAGAAUCGCCAUCGCUUGUGACGACGGAAGAGUCCGGAUCUGGACCAUUCCGGAGAGUGGGCUGACGGAGAGCCUGACGGAUCCGGAUUUCGAGCUGAAGGGCCACACAGAGAAGGUCCACUUCGUCAAGUUCCACCCGACGGCUGCCGGGGUUCUGGCCACGGGAUCGCACGACCUGACGGUCUUCAUCUGGGACCUGGAGACUCGGGAGAAUCGCAUCUGCCUGCGCGGACACACCGACCAGAUCUUCAGCCUGGCCUGGCACCCCGACGGCGUGACGGUGGCCACGGUGUGCAAGGACCAGAAGCUGAGGGUGUACGACCCGCGCCAGAGCGAGGAGCCGCUCGGCGAAGGGCUGGGGCCUACCGGGACCAGGGGGGCCAGGGUCACCUGGGUGCUCGGGGGAAGUCACUUGGUCACCACUGGCUUCAACAAGGUGUCCGAGCGCCAGGUGAGCCUGUACGACGCCAGGGCCCUCUCGUCUCCCGUGACCACAGAAGGCAUCGACGUCAGCCCCGCCAUCCUCAUCCCUUUCUACGACGAGGACAGCUCUACCCUUUUCCUGACUGGAAAGGGUGACUCGACCAUCUUUGCGUUUGAGGUGGCGCUGGACGCCCCGUUCCUGUACCCGCUGUCGCACUACAAGUGCAGCGGCCCCCACCAGGCGGUCUCGUUUCUGCCCAAGCUGGCCUGCAACGUGGGCGAGGUGGAGUUUGCCAAGGCCUUCCGCCUGACCACCGGCAGCGUGGAGCCCCUCUCCUUCCGGGUGCCCAGGCUGAGGUCGGAGCUGUUCCAAGACGACCUGUUUCCCGACACGAGGGUCACCUGGCAACCCGCGAUGACGAGCGCUGAGUGGUUUGCGGGCGUGUCACGGCCUCCCAAGCUGGUCAGCCUGCGACCGGUCGGCAUGGACUGCCUGUCGGAAGCCCCGGAAGCCAGGCCUCCCCCAACCCACGUUCCCAGGCUGCACCAAGAGGUGAAUCUCGAGUUUGAAGGGGACAUGACCAUGUCGAGUUCGGUCGUCGAGAGCAACAGAGAGAAGGAGGAACAGAUCAUCAAUUCCAUGAAGUCGAAGAUCACGAGCCAGCACGACGCACUUCCGCAAGACAUGUUCGAAGGCGUGGACCCGAAAGAAUGGGACGAAGAGCUGUGAAGACUGGAAGAAAAAGAGGCAACCAACGACCGGAACGUCCUCGUUCGCCAUGCCCAGUCUGAGAGUUUUAAAAACCGUAACUUUUUUUUAUACAAAAAAGGUGUUGGUUUUUAAGUUAAGUUAUGUCGUACAACUAUUGCGGACGUUUGGUCCACAUGCUCUCACGUCGCCCCGACUCUUUUUUUUUUUUUUUAUAGAGUCGUUUUGUGACCUGCAAACUAAAAUUCCUCACCAAGUGGUCCAAGCUUACUAAAAAAAAAAAAUUAUGAAAGGGAAAAAAUAUAACCACGACUAAACAAUUUUUUUUAGGAUGUCUCGUAGGCGCGAUGUUGCCGACACAACAUCAUUCUCGGCAGUUACUACGAAAGCUAGCAAGAGAGCAAGAAAGCAGUUAUCGAUUGAAGCGCGGUAACUUUUGUUUUUGUGCCAAAACCCUUCCGUCGUCCUAGCGAGUGGAUCUAGUUGAGGUGCUGUUUUUGGUCGACACCAGACUUGCUCACCAUUUUCCAGCAGAGACCGGGCAAGACGAGGCGUCGCCUGCGACGCACGGGCAUUCUACGAUUUGCGCUGGGGAACUGGUUAGGCGUUGCCCCUUCCCUUUAUUUUUUACCUAUUUACCGCGUCUGCACGAACGGUUUGGAAUGUAAUCUUGGAGAAUCGCUUAACGUCUGGGUCUUUUAGACAAACUUUCAAAUUUGGCAUAACGAAUGCGACUUGCGGCCGAAUACUCAUUUGGGGGAAGUCGCGCAAGUUGUCAGGCAACACACUUUCUUUGCUCAUCCGCUUUUUUUAAAUCGGAUUUUAUAAUCGCUUCGAACACUGCUCGCUAAUAAAGCAGUGAAAAAGUGUCGGUGCAAUUUUUUAAUUUCUACGGCAUUCCAUAUUGAGACUAAUUUUAAUCCGUAAAACCUGCGUAACUAGUCAUAAUAACGACAUGUUUUUCCAUUUUUGUUCUUUUUAAAUAUACAGACUGCUGCGUAUUAUUAUAAUGGGAAUAUUUAUAUUCGUGCGACGACGGAUGCUGUUUGCAGGCGUUUUGGUCCGGCGGUGUGGCCAAUAAAAGUAUUUUGGACGCAAAGA